AUGACUUCUACUAAAGAAGGAAGUGAUGCAGCUGAAAACGAUCUCAAAAAUUUAGAAAAUGAAGUUCCACAUGAAUGUAGUACAGAUAUCAAGCCUUCAUUUGCUGAUUCUAAUAUUAUCUCUCAUGUGGAAAGCAACCCAGUGAACAGGGAGCUAUACAUACCGACCUCCCAGGGGCAUGCUGUUUGUCAAGCAGUAGAGAACAAUGAGUUUGAAGUUGAGAAGACCCAAAAAGAUCUUCAACGAGAGCAUUUAAAAGAAGAAUCCCUUCUAAUUCAGAUCCCUAUUCCUAGAAAAUGGAUCUUUCUCAUGUCAGGGCUAGGGAGAAUUACCUAUCUGAGUAUCUCACGAGUAAAAUGCAAUAAAAACAAUUCUUUAACUAACAGAACAAGAUUCCACUCAGGGAAAGUGAUGAAAACAAGUGAUUUCUAUAAUAGCACCAUAAAUUACAAAAUUCCUCUCCAACUCCCAAUUUUGUGGAGAAUCCCAUUCAUUAACAAUCAUGAGGUAAAGAGAAUGAUUCUCCGUCUGCUGUGUGGGAGACAUUUCUCUCAGGCUGCAGGUUGGCAAAAUACCAUGUGGGUGAAGCUAAAAUAUACAGUAUUUCUUCCUCAUCCAAAUGUCCUCACCCAUGCGGAGAAAGCCAUAAUAUUUGAAAGACCUUUAAGGGUAUACUACUACCAUCCUCUCAUUGGAAGAAUGACAUCAGGAAAAUUUUACAAAUCAACUUGUGCUAAAGGGAAAGAUGGCUUCCAUAUUUUUGUGAGCAUGAGGGUUGUGAUCAUAAGCACUGAUGAUGGUUGGAAAUUAUGUCCCAUUUGUGGGAGUAGUUUCAACAAUUUUGUUGAAUUUAGACAACAUUCCUGCAGCUUUCAUGGGAAUUAA